UCCCCCGUCCUCCUCCCCCAGCGGCCGGUGCGAGGAUGUCCCGGAGACCCCGGCACAGUAUAUAUAGUAGUGAUGAUGAUGAAGAAGAUGUUGAGGUGUAUGAUCACGACUAUGAUGGUCUGCUUCCUAAGACUGGAAAACGUCACUUAGGAAAAACCAGGUGGACCCGUGAGGAGGAUGAGAAGUUGAAGAAGCUUGUGGAGCAGAAUGGUACAGAAGACUGGAAAGUCAUUGCCAAUUUCCUUCCUAAUCGGACAGAUGUGCAGUGCCAGCACCGAUGGCAGAAGGUACUAAACCCAGAACUUAUUAAAGGUCCGUGGACUAAAGAGGAGGAUCAAAGGGUAAUAGAGCUCGUGCAGAAAUACGGUCCAAAGCGCUGGUCUGUCAUUGCUAAGCAUUUGAAAGGAAGGAUUGGAAAACAGUGCAGGGAGAGGUGGCACAACCACUUGAAUCCAGAAGUGAAGAAAACCUCCUGGACAGAAGAGGAAGAUAGAAUUAUUUACCAGGCACACAAGAGGCUGGGAAACAGAUGGGCAGAGAUUGCAAAGUUGCUGCCUGGACGAACUGAUAAUGCUAUCAAGAACCACUGGAACUCCACCAUGCGCCGGAAGGUUGAGCAGGAGGGCUACCUGCAGGAGUCCUCCAAAGCCUGCCACUCCUCAGCAGCUGCCGGCUUUCAGAAGAACAACCACCUGAUGGCCUUUGCUCACAACCCGUCGCCACCCGCGCAGCUGCCGGUGGCCAGCCAGCCCCCGCUGGGCAGUGACUACCCCUACUACCACAUCCCUGAGCCACAGAACGUUCCUGGUCAGAUCCCGUAUCCAGUAGCACUGCAUGUAAAUAUUGUCAAUGUACCUCAGCCAGCUGCUGCAGCUAUCCAGAGACACUAUAAUGAUGAAGACCCUGAGAAAGAAAAACGAAUAAAGGAAUUAGAGUUGCUACUAAUGUCGACUGAGAAUGAACUGAAAGGGCAGCAGGCAUUACCAACACAGAACCACACAUCAAACUACCCCGGCUGGCACAGCACCACAAUUGCUGACAGUACCAGGACCAGUGGUGACAGUGCACCUGUUUCCUGUUUGGGGGAGCAUCACCACUGUACUCCAUCUCCACCGGUGGAUCACGGUUGCUUACCUGAGGAAAGUGCAUCCCCUGCACGGUGCAUGAUUGUUCACCAGAGCAACAUCCUGGAUAAUGUUAAGAAUCUCUUAGAAUUUGCUGAAACACUCCAGUUAAUAGACUCCGAUCCUUCAUCAUGGGGUGAUCUCAGCAGUUUUGAAUUCUUUGAAGACACAGACACUCCGGCUAGCAGAGCUCCCCCAGGCAAAGUCGCGCAGCUUCAGCAAAGAGGGGCCAGUGCUUGUAGACCGCAAGGACAGCCCACCACAAAUUUGAGCAAAGUCAUGUCGAGUCAGGGCUCUCUUGGCUCACCAAAGACCUUAUCUGCCUCACAGGGCAGUGCGGCUCCGCGGGUCCUUCCUCGCAAAAGGAGAGGGCACUGCGGCCCCGUAGCCAGUGGCCACGGUAGCACCUUGGUCCUAGCUGACGUCAGCAGCUCAACUCCUCCUAAGCGCUCCCCUGUCAAAAGCCUGCCCUUCUCUCCCUCGCAGUUCUUAAACACCUCGUCCAAUCACGAAAACUUGAACCUGGACAACCCUGCACUUACCUCCACGCCGGUGUGCGGCCAUAAGAUGGCACUUACCUCCCCGUUCCACAGGGACCAGGCUUUCAAGACUCAGAAGGAAAACCAUGUUUUCAGGACUCCAGCAAUCAAGAGGUCGAUAUUAGAAAGCUCUCCAAGAACACCCACUCCAUUCAAAAACGCACUUGCAGCUCAGGAAAUCAAAUACGGUCCUUUGAAGAUGCUGCCUCAAACUCCAACUCAUCUUGUAGAAGAUCUGCAGGAUGUUAUCAAGCAGGAGUCGGAGGAAUCUGCAAUAGUGGCUGGGCUACAUGAAAGUGGACCCCCUUUGCUGAAGAAAAUCAAACAAGAGGUGGAGUCCCCAACAGAUAAAACUGGAAAUUUUUUUUGCUCAAAUCAUUGGGAAGGAGAAAACCUGAACACUCAGCUCUUUACACCUGGGUCUACUAUGGAAGAUGUGCCAAAUCUUCUUACCAGUUCCAUUUUAAAGAUGCCUGUGUCUGAAGAUGAUGAUAGUUUUCAGAAAACAGUUGCAGUACCUAGAAACAGGCCACUAGCUAGUCCUCUACAGCAUCUGAACAACACCUGGGAGUCGGCGUCCUGCGGGAAGAUCGAGGAUCAGAUGGCUCUGCCAGAUCAGGCACGCAAAUACAUGGCCACCUUCCCCACCCGGACUCUGGUGAUGUGAAAGGG